AUGGCACAGUCAUUUUCUGAUGUUCUUAAAAUGGUGCUCAAGACAUAUCAAGUUGACCUGAAGCCAAAUGGGUCAGAAAUCAUGGUAACAAAUGAAAACAAGAGAGAAUACAUCGACCUGGUCAUCCAGUGGAGGUUUGUCAACAGAGUCCAGAAGCAAAUGAAUGCAUUUCUGGAGGGAUUCACAGAACUUCUUCCUAUUGAUCUGAUUAAGAUUUUUGAUGAAAAUGAACUAGAGUUGCUGAUGUGCGGCCUUGGCGACGUUGAUGUCAAUGACUGGAGACAACACACAAUCUACAAAAACGGCUACUGCCCCAAUCACCCCGUGAUCCAGUGGUUCUGGAAGGCUGUUCUGCUGAUGGACGCCGAGAAGCGGAUUCGGUUGCUGCAGUUCGUUACCGGGACGUCACGCGUGCCUAUGAACGGAUUUGCUGAACUUUACGGUUCAAACGGUCCUCAGCUGUUUACAAUAGAGCAAUGGGGAAGUCCCGAUAAACUGCCCAGAGCUCACACAUGCUUUAAUCGCCUAGACUUACCUCUUUAUGAAUCUUUUGAAGAUUUGCGAGAGAAGCUACUUAUGGCAGUUGAAAACGCUCAAGGAUUUGAAGGAGUGGAUUAA